GCGACAAAAUCAGUAAAUAAGUAUUUUACUUUAAAAUUUAUAUAAUGUAUAUCAAUUUCUAAUACAACAAACCAAAUAUUCAAAAAAAUUAAUCCAUGCGUAACUAAUCCAUAUAUAACUAAUACCUGCAUAAUUAUUAUUUAUUCAUGCAUAACUAAUACAUGUAUAACUAAUACCUGCAUAACUCUAAUCAACAACCAAACGACCCCUUAUUAUAGUCAAACAUCAUUCUUGUAUUAGGUGAUAAACUGUAACACCUGGGAGUGAAUUUGUGUGAUCUCCUGGGCUUUUCUGUGAUGUUUCAAGCCAUUCUUUUGCAACUAACUUGAGGAAAAGAUGUCAAUGCUAAGAGUUAGGAACAUAUAGCUUGUAAAUCCUUAGUAUUUUGAUGUUCCGUUCUUAGCAUGUAUACUACUAGCUGUGGUUACUGUUUCUCUUUACAUGGAUUCUUCUCUGUUGUAUUUCCUUUUCACGACUGCUGUGAUUAUGCUUUUCUUGAGCAGAGUCUCUCGGAAACAGCCUCUCUACCUUCACAAGUUAGGAGUAAGAACCCCAUUUGUAGGACUAUACUGAGUCUGUUGUUGUUGUUGUUGUUGUUGUUGUUUAUUCUUAGGAUGUAUACGAAGUGAGCGUAGCCCCAUAUCUUCAUUGACCAUUGCUCAAUAUGUUUUGAUUUGUGACAGGUCAUUUGAAAAUGUUUCUGAAAUCUCGCUUAUCAUGGAACGUAAUAAUCCCUGCUGAGAACCUUGACGUUGAAGGUUUAACACUUCAGAAGGUGAUUGUCAUUCGCCUUUUGAAAGACUUUGCUUCCAAGAAGGCCUCAAAGAAUCUUGGUUACUUUUUAGCAGUCACUGCACUGGAGAAGAUUGGAGAAGGAAAAGUUCGAGAACAGAUGGCUGGUGAUGUGCUUUUCCCUGUGGAAUUCAGCUGCAUUACUUUCAAGAUGUUUCGCGGAGAGAUCUUGGAAGGGGUUGUUCAUAAGAUCUUGAAGCACGGCGUCUUUUUGAAAUGUGGCCCCGUUGAUAAUAUAUACCUAUCUAAUAAGAUGAUGUCGGAUUAUAAGUAUGUGCAAGGAGAAAAUCCCAUAUUUAUGAAUGAGAAGAUGUCAAGAAUUGAGAAAGGUACUGUGGUGCGUUGCAUUGUGAUUGGAACAGAGUAUAAGGAGGAGGGGAAGGAAUUACUAGCACUUGUGAGCUUGGAGAGUGAUCACCUUGGACCCAUCUGAUCAUAAAGUUCUGAUUAAAGAUAGACAGUAAAGCUAAGUUCAGUAGUUAUUAUAUCAUCAUGUGUUUAGUACUGCUUUGGAUUGGAUGUGACUUAUAUCUGUUGAUGUUGCUGACACUCUCUCAAGUGUCUUAUUUUCUCAUUUGAUUGCUUAAGCCCUCUAGUGAAUGUGUAAAUGUUUUAAGGACAUAGCUAUGUUAAAGUGAUGAACCUUUUGAUACCUGAAAUACCCUUCCAAAAGUGUCUAAAUUUCUCGACUUAAAAAAAGGACAGCCCGGUGUACGAAGCAUCUUCCAUUUACGCAGGAUCCGAGGAAAGGUUGCACCCCAAGGGGGUGUGAUGUAGGCAGUCUAGUCUAAUGUAAGCACCAGUGGCUGAUUACACAACUCGAACCCGUGACUUAUAGGUCACACGGAAAGAACUCUAGUGUUGCUCCAAAACUCCCCUUCUAAAUUUCUCUUAACUGAUUUCUUUAAAAGUAAUUUCAUAUAUUGCUUGUCUACCCAAAUUCUUAUAUACUCCAUGGAGAGGUUACUAACCUUUGUUAACAUUCAAGUUAAGGGAAAAGUUAAAGAGACUCUUGGGAUGCUUUGCUAAUUCAAAGCCAAAUGGGAAAAACAGCUAAAACAAAAACUAAAAGAUCUACUUGAUCCAUUCUUGUCUACAACUUAAAGAACUUUGCAAUAUACACAAGUUAAUAGCUCGCUCUUUCGUUUUUACUCUGGCUCUUUUAAAACUUUUGACCCUUAGCCAACCCUGAAGUAUAUGGUUUGCGCAUUUUGCCCCUGCCAAGUUCUCAAUUGAACACACUCCCACAAGUUGUCUGGCUACUAAGAACUCAGAAUCAGUCGUAGUCAAGCUGAAAGAGCCAAAAUCCACUUCAAACAAUAACCAUGCCUCUUUAACAUUAUUACGUUGAGAGUAGAAUACUUUUUAGUGAAAU